CCAUCUUUUUCAACCUCUCACUCAAGCUCACUACCCUCAAUUCUCUCUCUCUCUCUCUCUCUCUCUCUCUCUCUCUGUCUGUUCACAAUGUCGAUCGUUCGAUGGAGGCCUCUCCUCCACAACCCCCCUAUCGAAAACCGUAGAUUUCCUCCGAUCCGAUCCGAGCCCUCUCGCUCAAUCUCUACUCGCAGAUCCAUUAAAAAUUCUUCGAAAUUUUCAUUCAAGUCCUCUCAUCUCGAGCUCCUUCCGGUGAUCAGGGCCAAUUUGGCCCAAACGCCGCCCCUCUCUGAAGCUCCUGAUGCCGAGAUCUCCUUCACUGAAACGUUUCAAUUGAAGCGGACUCAAAGUGUUGAGGGCAAAGUUACGGUGAGAUUGCAUCAGCAAGAAGAACAGGGAUCGAAAUGGGAGUUGGUUGUGGGUUGUAAUUUAGAAGGGAAGUGGAUUUUGCACUGGGGAGUUACCUAUUGCGACGAUUCAGGGAGCGAAUGGGAUCAAGCUCCUCUUGAAAUGAGACCACCAGAUUCUGUCCCUUUCAAGGAUUAUGCAAUAGAAACACCAUUGAAGAAAUCUUCAUCUGUAUCAGGAGGGGAGAUUCUUUAUGAGCUGAAGAUUGAUGUCGAUGGAGGCAGCACUAUAGCAGCUAUUCAUUUUGUUUUGAAGGAAGAGGAAACAGGAGCAUGGUUUCAGCAUAAAGGUAGGGAUUUCAGAGUUCCAUUGACUAAUUUUCUUGAAGAAAAUGAUGACAAUAUCCUUGGAAGGAAGAACUUGAACGUUUGGCCAGGUAAAGCAGGAGCAUUAGGGCAGAUUUCUAGCUUGCUGCUUAAGCCAGAAGGUUCUCCUCCUGAAAAGGAGUUAGUCCAAAAUAGCAAGAUCACUGGAUUUUGUGAAGAAUAUACUAUCUUGAAAGAGGAGCAAGUCCAGAAUUCCAUGACUGUUACUGUAAAGAAAAGCAAUGAAGCAAAUAAGAACUUAUUACACUUUGACACUGAUAUACCUGGCAAUGUGGUCGUUCACUGGGGUGUUUGUAGAAAUAAUAAUAAGCAUUGGGAAGUUCCCUCCAAACCACAUCCUCCAUCUACCAAAAUUCUUCGGCGGAAGGCUCUACAGACAUUAUUACAGAGGUCCUUUGAAUUGCAGCCAAAAGCAGAUGUCAUUGGUAGUUGGGGAUUAUUCCCUGUGGAUAAGGAAUUUUCAGGUGUGCUUUUUGUGCUCAAGCUUAGUGAAUAUGCAUGGUUGAAUAAUUCGGGAACUGAUUUUUACAUCCCUAUCACAAGUGUGAGUAGCUCGCAACCUCAAAUCACCAGGGAUCAAGCUGCAAAUGAACAAUUAAGAAGUACAGAACUGCACGACAAUGUAGACAAAAUUACCUCAGAUGCUAGGAAUGAAUCUCCAGAAGUAAAUAUUGCUGAAGAAUUAGGAUCUACUUCACCCGUCAGUCCUGAAAAACCUGAGGCUACCCAAACUGGUCAUGCUGCAUUUACUGAUGAGAUUAUCAAUGAGAUAAGAAACUUAGUUACAGAUAUAUCUUCGGAGAGAGAUAAGGGAACAAAAAGUAAAGAAGCACAGGAGAAUAUCCUGCAAGAAAUUGAAAAGUUAGCUGCAGAAGCUUAUAGCAUUUUCAGAAGUUCUGCUCCAACGUUUGUGGAGGAAUCUGUUUCAGAUACUGACCAAUUAAAACCCACUGUACAAAUAUGUUCAGGAACAGGGUCAGGAUAUGAAAUUCUUUGCCAAGGAUUUAAUUGGGAAUCUCACAAAUCUGGAAGGUGGUAUUCUGAGCUUAAGUCAAAGGCUAGUGAGUUAUCCUCACUAGGUUUCACAACAAUAUGGUUGCCUCCCCCAACUGAAUCAGUAUCACCUGAAGGAUACAUGCCAAAGGAUUUAUAUAAUUUAAAUUCCAGGUACGGAAGUCUGGAGGAACUGAAGGACCUAGUGCAAAACUUUCAUGAUGUGGGCAUUAAAGUUCUCGGUGAUGUUGUCUUGAACCAUCGAUGUGCUCAUUAUAAAAAUAGCAACGGUAUCUGGAAUCUCUUUGGUGGUCAUUUAAAUUGGGAUGACCGUGCUGUUGUUGCUGAUGAUCCACAUUUUCAGGGAAAGGGAAAUAAAAGUAGUGGAGAUCAUUUCCAUGCUGCACCAAACAUUGACCACUCUCAAGAUUUUGUGAGGAAGGAUCUGAAAGAAUGGCUUUGCUGGUUGAGAAAAGAAGUUGGAUAUGAUGGUUGGAGAUUAGACUUUGUUCGAGGAUUCUGGGGUGGUUAUGUAAAAGACUACUUGGAAGCAAGUGAACCAUAUUUUGCUGUAGGGGAGUAUUGGGACUCUCUUAGUUAUACAUAUGGGGAAAUGGAUCAUAAUCAAGAUGCACACAGGCAGAGAAUAAUUGAUUGGAUAAAUGCAACAAAUGGAACAGCUGGUGCCUUUGAUGUCACUACUAAAGGAGUCCUUCAUACUGCUUUGGAAAAAUGCGAGUACUGGAGAUUAUCUGAUCAGAAACAAAAGCCACCGGGUGUUGUGGGUUGGUGGCCAUCUCGUGCGGUUACAUUCAUAGAGAAUCAUGACACUGGAUCUACCCAGGGUCACUGGAGAUUCCCAUCUGGUAAGGAAAUGCAAGGAUAUGCAUACAUCCUGACACACCCUGGCACACCAGCAGUUUUCUAUGAUCACAUAUUCUCUCACUACAAGCAAGAGAUCUCUAAACUAAUCUCAGUCAGGCAUCGAGCAAAGAUUCAUUGUAGGAGUGUGGUUAAGAUAAUGAAGGCAGAAAGAGAUGUUUACGCAGCUGAGGUCGGUGACAAGGUAGCAGUGAAGAUCGGACCUGGAUAUUAUGAACCAUCAGGUCCGAGGAAAUGGAACUUGGCUGCAGAGGGCAACGACUACAAAGUAUGGGAGGCAUUGUAAGCUAUAUGUACGACCAUCUCUAACCAAAUCACUAUUUGACCAUAAAUUGGAAGAUUUGCAUUAAAAUAUUAAUGUUGUAUAGAAAGGAGAAAAAUAAAGGAGGCAUUGGUUGAACCCCUAGACAACCAGAAAUGUCAAUAAGGCCUUCAAAAUAUCUAAGCAUCGGAGAAUGGGAUCGGUGGACGGCAUACGUAAAAACAGUGCUUUGGUGUAUGUAAAUUGUCAAUGUUAUUUUAUAUUAAACGGACGAACCAUAGUUUAUCAAACUGAUGCAUCACUGUACAAAUAGACGGUUAAAACUUAAAAGUAUUACGGUUAAUUAUGUUUUACA